AUGGCUGGAAGGAAGGAAGCACGUGAAGGUGGACGCGGAGGCGGACGCGGUGAGGCGUCGUGUCAGUCGCGUCGAGGACAAGGGCUGCCGCCGGAGGAGCACAAGGCCCUGGACGAGGUUGUCCGGGAGGCUUGGAAGGCUGGCGCGAAGAAGCGCAAGGCGGCCCUGGAAGAGAAGAAGGCGUCGGCGGCCGAUCAAGAUCAAGCGGCCCCGGAGUCCUCCGUUCUGGAUGCGCACCUAGCAAAUCAGGAUGAGGUUCCGGAGGCGGACUCGACCGAGUCUGUGCCGGCCGGCACCGAAUGUGUCCCAGACCCGGUGACGGGACUGGAUGAGGGUGAGAACACACAGGAUGAUGAACUCGCCCAGGCGUCUGUGGGAGGCGCCGAUGAGGUUGAGCCCCCGGCUGAGGAUCGAGUUUCGGACUCUCCCCAGCCGGAUGAUGAAGUCAAGAUUCUGGACGAAGCCCCGACGAUCAAGCACGAAGGCCCGCUGUCGACUGUCCAAGAAGACGGCGUACUGAAUGACGAAGCCGAGAUCCGGUCUGCUCUCGCGCAAUCCAGUCCGGCCGCGACCGCCCAAGCUCCCGCGCUCAAGAUUGAAGCCCAAUCCAGUCCGGCGCCCUCGGAUUCCCGAGGACCCGACGAGACCAAGGCUCAAGUGAGCGAGGCUCAGGCGAAGGCGUACGUGGCCGAACAAGUGCGUCGCUGGGAGCAGCAUCGUGAACGUGCUGCCGUCUGGCACUUUAAGCAGCUGUUUGCUCAUAUCGCGAAAUGGAAGGAAAAGAAGCUCCGAGGCGAAUAG